AGUAACAAACUUUUUUUUCCUCAGUAACUUCAGUUGUGACUUGUUUUUUUUAUUUGCAGCAGUGGCGGUUGUGGGCCUCCGUAGUGUGGGACUGAAGUGGUCUGUGGAGGAUGUGACAGCUGUGUUUGGACCACACUUGUCCUCUGUAGACCAUCUGAAGAGUCCUUCAGUGUUGGAUCUCUGAUUCUUCAGGACCUGAUCCAACAGCUCGGACAAACACACUCCUUUAUGAAGACUCUACACUCUCAGGUGUGGUUACCACAGUAACACAGGUGAUAAGUGUUGCCAUAGUAACACGAUAAUUGAGGUCAUAGUGUUUGAUAAUGAAAGUCUGAGUAUAGAGGGUUUCUUUUAAACUGUCAGAUUAUCACAGAUUACAGUUAAAGGUCGAUAUACAGAAUAUUAUAUAAAGUAAUAAUAAUCUACUGUUAUAUAAAAGAAACAGGACUGUAUUAGUGAAUAUAUUAAUAACCUGAUUAACCUGUUUAAUGAUCUGAGCAGGUAACACAGAGAUGACACACACACACACACACACACACACACACACACACACACACACAUACUGACCACACACACACGUACACAAACACAGAUACACACACCUACACUGACACACAAUCACACACAAUCACUCUCUCUCUCACACACAGACACAAAAACACACACACUCUCACACACACAUACACACACACACAAAGCUAACGCUAGUCUAAACUAACCCGCUGUAAGCUAAGCUAACUGCUAGCCUCCCUGCUCGGUUCAUACUCAGACUCGUUUUUAAAUCACAAAGAAAAUAAUUUACUUUAAUCUAAACGGACCCUGUUGUCUCUAAUCUACACAGUGACAGGACAGACUAAGAACCAAAUGUUCAACAGAUGAGAAAACAGAAAUAAAAGCAGGUUUUCUUACCGAGAGCUGAAACUGACGGCUAACUCAGCCCCUUUAAAUCCAAAAUGGCUGCGGCGGCUCCGCCACAGUCUCCCACAAUCCCCCGCGGCUGAGGUCAUCCAAACUGACGUCAUGGUUUGUUUUGUUUGUUUUUCUUCUGAAAUAAGUUUUAAUUUUUAAGAAAACAAUAAAACGUUUUAACCACUUUUACCUUCUCUUACCUCUCUCUUACAUUCAUGAGUGAAAAUGUUUAAUUUCUUCUGUCUCAGUUAAAGACUUUAAAACGUAGAUUUCUCAUCUAUCACAAAGUUUUUACAAUUUUUAUUUGAUUAAAAGGUCCUUUAAAGACCUAAAAUAAACCAGUUUGGUAUCGUGAAGAAAAUCUUUAUAACUCUUAGACAGCAGCUUCACACACUGUAGAUAUGAGGAUAAUUAUACCUGACCUUACUGCUUAUGAAGGAGGUAUACAAAAUAUUUAAUUUUGUAAUUUUGGUUUAUUUAAUCCAGAGACAAACUCCUCAACGGGAGCUUUAAAUGAAUUUAGUUUGAAUCACUUAAAUCUUUAUUUAUGAGCUGAAGAGAAAACAUGAAACCUGUUAAUUAUGUUUGAUAAAACACUCAUUAUCUGUUAUUUUAGUGUGUUUGAUUCAACAGCAUAAGAUAAAUUCAAAACAAAGCAAUUUCAAUAAUUCCUGUUAGUUUCUAAAAUGAAGUCAUGAAAUAAAAACAGAAACCUGAGGGCUGUUAACAGAGACUGUCGUUUUCUUUCAGUUAUUGUUGUUUUACUUUUUUAUUUUAAAUAAAUUUGUAUUUUUACUUUCAAGAGUCUUUUUGAACUCUGCUGUUUAACACCAAAUUACCCUCUUACAAACACACACCCCUUCACAAUAAAAGCCCUUGAAUUCCACCACAGCAGGUAAAGGUCUAUAGUGACACCUGGUGGUUGGGUUCAGCACUGACAGGUGAGGCUGGAGUUUCAGUGACUUUUUUUCUGAAGGAUUUAAAGUCUCUGUCUCUCUUUUUAGGUUUUUGCUCAUCUUUGACCGGAGGUCUCCAGGACUCUUGUUCUGGAUCUUUCUUUAACAUUUCCUUUCUUUUCUUUUCGUUUCUUUUCUUUUUUUGUUAAGACUCAGCUGACUUUGGUUUUUCCACACGAAUUGACCUCAAUAACAUCAAACUGUUUCUUAUUUUCCACAAAGCCUCCAUGUUGCUCCUUAAAUGAAGAGUAUUGUACUCUUUAAGGCAGCGUUACACAGCUGUACAGUUUAUGGAGAAUCUCUGCACGACAGCUGUGUUUUGGAUUUUGAUUUUAAUAUUAACUUUGGUUCAAGCAAAAAAACAAAAUAAAAGAAAACAACAAAAAAUACUUUUAAACAGAUUUUUAAGUAACUGGAUAGAAGCCCGUCAUAAAAGUAAAGUUAUUCAGAUUAAUGAGAAAACAGUUAAAAAAUGUGUUUUAGCUGAAAAAUAAAAGAGCUUUAAAAACAAACCAUGAGGGAGUCCUCUGUUUUCUGUGCGGCGCCAUUUUUUAAGUAAUAAGGGUUAUAAAUUUAAAUAUAAUAAAUAUAAAUAUGAUAAAAUAUUUAUGUUUAUAAAUAUAAAUACAGGAUAUAAUGUCAUGUUUUUUAUGAUUGACACUUUAUACAGCCUAUGGGCGUACAAAGAUGGCGUUGGACUUUGCUUAUUUGUACUAUAAUCGUCCAUCACUGGUCUAUUUGUUUGUAAAACGUGACAAAGGAAAUUAAAUCAGUACAUUUAUAUUAAAAUAUAGAUAACAGAUAUUUGACUUGAUGCAGAAAAGAACAUUUUAGCUGUAAAAGACGAACAAAAACCCUGACAAAGGUAAAGCCUGACAUGUACAAAAUAAUCCAGUCCAACACAGACGUGAUGCAGAGAAAUAAAUCUCCAUCACACACAGAGUCUGAACUCUCAUGGGUUGUAAGUUAUUGAAUAAACAGACAGAGUAUGAAAAGUAAAGAGAGUCUGAAAUGUUCUGGUGUGAAUUUUUAAUGUCAUUUUCAUCAGUUCAUCCUGUGUGUCGGCAGAGAUCCAUUCAUGGCUCAGUCCAGGAUCACGUCAGCUCCCCUUCAGUAAUCCGACCCUGAGGUUUGUGGGCCUGAAACAUUGAUGAGCUGGAGUCCAGAAGCUCAGAACACACUGAGCUGCUGGAUCAGGUGUGAGCAGGACCAUGGGGACUGUGGAGGAAUCUCUGAAGUGUCCCGUCUGCCAGGACGUCUUCACAGAUCCUGUGACUCUGCCGUGUGGACAUGACUUUUGUCUCACCUGCAUCCAGACCGUGUGGGAGACAGAUGGACCUAAUGAGGGUCCUCUCUUCUGUCCCGAGUGUCAGAUCUUCCUCCCCCCUGACCUGGUCCUGCAGGAAAACUCCAGCCUUCAGACCAGAGUGAAGGACUUCACUGCAAAGACAUCAACUCAGAGCCAAGCUGCAGAGACCCCUCCCCCCAUCCUCUGUGAUCACUGCAUAGAGACGCCGUCUGUGGCCGUCCGGACCUGUCUCACCUGUGACGCCUCUCUCUGCCGGGCCCACGCCCUGCAGCACCAGCAGAGGUCGGCUCUGAGGGAGCACACGGUGGUGGAGGUGAUGGAGGAUCCUCUGUCUCUGAAGUGCAGGGAGCAUCGAGAUGAGCUCAAACUCUUCUGCACCGAGGACAGAGUCCCUGUCUGCUGUCUGUGUGUCCUGGUCGGCGUUCACAAGAACCACCGAGCGCUGCAGCUGCAUGAGGCCUGUGCAGACUUCAAGGUGGAUCACAGCAGUUUGGGAGCAUGCAUGUCUGAUUUUCUUUUUUAUUGAUUUCACGGAUCAAUAUUCCAUCAACAUUUUACUAUAAUCUAUAAUACACAACGUCUUUACUGCGCAAAGUCUGAGACAUAAAAUCAACCCAGUAUUUCCAGGAGUUUUUAAAAGUUUCUGUUUUAAGUCCAGAUGAGAAAGUCAGCUUCUCCUGAUUCUAUAUUUAUCGAUCAUUAUCUCUAAUCCUCCAUUUUUGGUUCAUCUGUUUUUAGACUGAUGGCCUUUUUAGUCCCACCAACACGAUCGUAAAUCUGUGUUUUUCUCCUGAUUCUCUUUUCCAAAAUAUAAAACUUCAUAAGUGGAAGUUUCAUUUCUAAAUGUUUUCCAUCUUCUUCUUUAUCUCCUGUCAGUCAGGUUUAAUACCAGAGCAUCCUCAAAAACAUGAAAAUGAUCAGCCUUAUUAUUCUCCCCACAUCAUCUCUGACAUGCUGUGUCUCCAGAUUCCUCCUGUUUUGGUGAAACAUCAUGUGUUGUUUUCUGUGUUUAGAGCGUGUUAGAGAGCAACAUGAACCAGCUGCUGGAGAGGAGAGGUGAAGCUGAACACGCCAUCAAAGACCUGGAGUCUCUCUACACAGAAACUGUGGUACUGACCUUCACCCUGAAACAUCUCACUGUUUCAGUCUUCACUGUCAUGAACCUUCAUUUGUUCUGAUGUCACAGAAGUAUGCUGCAGACUUCAGAGAGAGAGUCUCAGACAAAUACAGCAGGAUCCGUGUGGUUCUGGACGGAGACGAGCGUCUGAUGAUGCAGAUCAUAGACGCGGAGGAGACCUACAUGCUGGAGUGGUUGGAGGCCCAGAGAGGACAGAUGGAGGCUCAGAUUAAGGAGAUCGAUCAUCUCAGAGCCUCCAGCAAAUCACUCCUCCAGGAAACGAACCAUCUCAGAUUCCUGCAGGUUAAAACGAGUGUUUUUUCAUUUCCAUAUAAAUCAAUUUGAGUUAGUUUGAUUUGGUAUGAAACAAAAAUGACUUUACAACAUGGUUUGAUGGACGUGCAGCAGAGAGGAGGAGGAGGAGGAGGAGGAGGAGGAGGAGGGCUUCGGUGUUUCACUUCAGAGAAACUGUCUCCUUCUUCAAAUAUUCAUCACCUGUUUGUUUUCUUCUUACAGCAGAUCACGGCUCAGGACCUCUGGUGAGUAAACUCUCUACUCCGUGUUUUUAACUCGACUUUAAAACAACCACAGCUGAACAAAGUGCUGUAUAUAAAAAACAAUCAAAAAACAAGUAAAACAACAAAUAAAAUAAAAGCAGAAUUAAAAAGUAAAAUACAGUUUCAAUGUUUUUAAAAACUAAUUUAAAAACAGAAACUAAAAACUAAAAACAAACAUAAAACACUGAAACAGGAGCCGAGUCUCAUGAAUAAAAAUGGUUUUGAAGGUGAGGGUGUAGGGGUGGAGAAGCUCAGAAGAUGGAGUCAGACCGUUUAAAGAUUUAAAAACUAAAGAAUCUGAAAAUGAAGAAUCUUAAAAUGAACAGGUGACCGGUGGAGGGAGGCCAGGAUGGAGGAACGUGCUCCUCUGACGGAGUUCAGAGCCGGGCGGAGAGGGAGGACCGUCUGACUCCAGAGUAAAGUUACAGUAAUCCAGUAAACUGAGACGUGGAUUACUGUUUCAGAGAGAUUAUAAGGAAAGACUUUACCUCAGUCAGCUGACUAAUGUGAUAAAAACUGGAUUUAAAUACUGAGCUGAAUUUAAAAUCACUGUCCAUCUUCAAACCCAAAUCUGAGACGGUCGUCUUUAAAUAGUCUGUUAAAAUACCCGAGUCUACAGGAGGGGAUUCAGAGGGACCGCUGGGACCAAAGACCAUCACUUCAGUUUUUCUCUGAGGCUUUAAUGUCUUCAAGACAGGAAGUGGAGUGAGGGAGAAAGCAUUUUUCUGAUUUAGUGGCACAUAUAUCUGACUGUCGUCAGCGUAACAAUGAACAGAGCUGCUGUGAUUUCUUAGGAUGGAGCCCAGGAGGGGCAGCAAGUACAAAGAAAAGAGCAGGGGCCCUAAAACUGACCCCUGUGGAACCCCAUACAGCAGAGGAGCAGAGCUGGACUCUGAAUCUCCAAGACUCACACUCAUAAAGUUGUAGUUUUGAUCGCAGUGAUCCUCUGGAGUUAACGCCGAUCCAGGAAGUAGACCGAUCCCUGUGUGACCCUGAGAAGAUGAGAACCGUGGAGAAGCUGGUGGACGACCUCUCCGUGGCGCUGUCCCAACACUUUCCACGGACGUGGUCAUGUGAGUGAAGAGUCCGACAGUUCUCAUGUUCUCACCGACUCCUCAUGUCUUCACUGAUCAGGGCUGUGUGUGUGUGUGUGUGUGUGUGUGUGAUGGUUCUUCUCAGACCUCAGCUGCCCCUCUCUGGACUGCAGCACCGCUCAUCCCAGACUGGAGAUCUCCUCGGACAGGAAGCAGGUGUUCUGGAGGACGCAGCCUGGAGCUGAAGCUGGGAGCUCUGGGCCGUAUGACUCCCAGUACAGCGUGUUGGCUCAGGACAGCUUCAGCUCGGGUCAGCAUUACUGGGAGGUCAUCGUUCAGGAGAAACCCUAUUGGCUGAUCGGAGUGACCUCAGGACCAUCUCACCGUGAAGAAGACUCCGACCUGAGCUCGACCCGCCUGAAUCUGAACGACACGUCCUGGUGCAUCUACCACGGAGACGGACAGUACCUGGCGUGUCACGACACCCAGGAGGAGCAGCUGUCUGUGGGGAGGAGGGUCAGGAAGCUGGGUAUCUUCGCUGACCUCCAGAAGGGGGCGCUGCAGUUCUAUGAUGCUGAUCGUUUGAGUCUGCUCCACUCUUUCUGUGUGCGGAGUUCGGACCCGGUCUUCCCCAUGUUGAACCCGUGCAUCGAUGUGAAGGGACUCAACAGGCAGCCGCUCACCUUAUUCUGCAUCCAAGACCCUUAA